AUGGGGCUGCUCUCGCGGAACGUGGUGCUAGUCCUCCUCCUAGGUCUGGUGCUUUUCACGCUGGAAGCGCACGCUUUUGGUGCCGGGAACAUUGCCUCGAUAUCCGCGGUAGAGGGCAAGAAUUGGCGCCAUGGCGAUAUCGAAGACGUUUUGAAGACUGUGGCAUGUAUCCGUCACCACAAAUGGAAUUCCAUGAUGAUCAAGAGGGUCUACUUCGGGAACUGGCUACGGGACUACAGUCAAGCCAUGGAUACUGGCGCCCUGAAGAAGGCCCAACCUGAGACCAUCCGAAUUCUUGUCUGGCUACUGUCAUUCCUCGGAUUUGGCUAUGCCACGGCAGAAUUCGAGGUCACCUCGGAGCGCCUUGGUGUCUAUCGGCCAGAGGAACAUAUUGACAAUCCCAAAGACUACAACGACAACGAAGACGCUCGGAAAUAUGACGCCCGUCUCCGUGGUCCAGUGCGUGACAUUGAGCUGCAAAUCGACAUGGAGACUGGAAUGAAGAAUUACAUCGCCAACGGUAGGGGUGACUGGGCCACCAGCGCAGCUUUUGUCAAGUACAGCUUUGAGCGCAGCAUCCACCAUGGCCGCCUGUACACGAAUGGUCACGGGUUCUUCAAGGGAAAGGACGAGGAUCUUGCCGAGGCCUUGCGUUGUCUCGGCCAAGGUCUGCAUACACUGGAAGAUUUCGGUGCACAUACCAACUACGUCGAGCUUUCCCUUCGGGAGCUGGGGUACCACAAUGUCUUUCCUCACGUCGGAACGGCCACCGCAAUCAACCUCCGUGGGAGGCAUGUAUUUCCUCUCGUUACGGGUACAUUCGGAAUGGUAGACUUUUACCACUCUGUGCUUGGAGAAGCUACCGAUCACUUUACGCAGAGCGAAAUCAACGAGAUGGACAAUGCUCUCGGUACCGCUCAGCAGGCAGCGCAGUCGUCAAACCCACUAACGUCCUUGGUCGGGUUAUUGUCCAAAGUGCCGGGGACCAAGGCUCUUUGUGACGAAGCGGAACAGCUACAAGCGAGUUCGCAAGCCCAAGCUCGUGCCAACGAACAGCGAGGCUAUGGAGCGCAGGGAGGCUUUCGCGGCGUAGAUGACUACGGCGGGUCAUCGCGAGGCAUUGAUGACUGGGAUGGCACUCGAGCCUCGCAUGCAGGCUUCGCUGGGCAACCACAAGGUUACGAUACAUCUGACAAUUGGAACCAAGGAUAUCAGCAAGCAGGCUGGGGCCAAAACCCACCUCAAUACCAACAGCAGUGGCAUGAUCACGGCGCAUCUCACGCCUUCGACAAUCCACCUCCUCCACUUCAAACUCAGUGGCACGAUCCAAACAUAGGACACAACUACAACUCGCAAGACCAAUACCCCGGUGCCCAGCAAAAUUGGCAGCAGCCGCCAGCGGUCGAUCAAUGGUCGCAGCAACCACAACAUCCUCAUGUUCCUGCUUCACAACCUCAGCACAGCCAAGGAGGACAGGCCUCGCAAUCACAAGUUACUGCACCUGCAGGUCUCCCGGGUAUGCCCAACUUCGACCCAGCCAAGACUGUUGCCCAAAUAUACCCCAUCCUUGUUUUCCGCGACAAGGUCGUCCGAACUAUUAGCAGCAUCAUUGAAAAGAUCCCUGGUCUCGAGGCUCUCGUCGACCGUAUCACCGAGACGCUGACAGUCUUCGUCCUAUCUCUUUUGGCGCCAUUCGUGAGACCUGUGAUCAACGCCAUUUCGAAGACACUGCAGUCGGGAAGUUCGGAAGUUCUAGAUUCGUCCGCGAGGCACCAGUUUGAGGUUUGGACGAAUGCCAACUCCAGUGAUCCGACACACUCGAUGCUGAGCAAGGAUCACUUUAGCAAUAUCCUCAACGAACCUGCUGGUAACGUGGCAGCCGAGAUCUUGAAAUUCAUCGCUCCACGGGUCUUGUAUGCUUGGGAGCACCCCGAUGUGCCCGUGCAACAGGUGAUGCAUGACGUUGAAAGUAUCUUCCAUCAUCCGGCAAUCCGCAACGAGGGUAACGAAUGCCACCGCAACAUGUUCAAUGCGGUCAAGACCUGGGUCAAUGGCCUGCCAGAUCAUGGUCGUGGCCUCGAGGCUAUGUUGAACUCUGACGCUGUCCGUGCAGGCAGAAACCACAAAGCAGGCGUCAAUGAGCAUGCUCACAAGCCGCCCGCCGGCGCCAGUCAAUCCCACAACACUGGCGGCAGCUUUGGCGGUCUGGGAAACUUUGUUCCCGGUCAACAACAUGGUUCCGGUGGCCAUCAGGGCAGCAGCGGAGGACUUGGGGGAUUGGCAAACCUCAUCCCUGGGAAACAACAUGGUGGAGGCCACGGUAAUAACAACCCAUUGGGUAUGGUUGGAGAUCUUGUCGGCAACUUCACGGGGCAGCACAAACCAGCCCAACAACACCACGGAGGUGGUGGUGGCGGCGGCGGCCUCAACAGCAUGCUAGGCAUGGCCGAGAAGCUACCUAUCCCGGGAGUUUCUGGCGUGGCCGGCCGAUUGAACAAGUACUCCAAAUUCAUGGGAGGCCUUCCAGGUGGAGGCAAACGCGGGCUAGACGUGGAGGACACCGGCCCAGGUGGUCUCGACGUGCCAGUCAGCGGAUCCAGCGAGCUUCACGAGGCUGCCGCGCAUGCCAACCGCUACGGCUCAGACAGGAGAUCACCGAGUCCGAUGCCCAUGCAGGCGCCAGCGGGAUACGAACAGUACGGCCGUCAGGAAUCCGGUAGUUACGGCUAUGGUCAGGGUCAGGAAGGACAACCAUAUCACCAGCAGAGGACGUAUCAGGAACCAUAUUCCAGCCAGGGGCAGUAUGGAGCGAGUGAUGGUGGCUCUGGCGGAGAAAGUGCAAGCUACUAUAGUGGAGGGCGUUAA